AUGUCUGUGGUGACAAUUUUGGUGGUGACCGCCGGGCCAUCCCUGAAUUCUGCCAAGCCCCCCUCGGCCCCGUUUGUGGUCCGAGUGGUGACGUUUCCUCUGGCCUGCCUCUUACAGGUCUCGGAGACACUGAAGCGUUUCGCAGGCAAGGUGACGACAGCCAGCGUGAAGGAGCGGAGAGAGAUCCUCAGUGAGCUGGGGAAAUGCGUGGCCAGGAAAGAGCUGCCGGAGGGAGCGGUGAAGGGCCUCUGCAAGUUGUUCUGCCUGACUCUGCACCGUUACAGAGAUGCAGCCUCCCGCAGGGCCCUGCAGGCCGCCAUCCAGCAGCUGGCAGAGGCCCAGCCAGAAGCCACCGCCAAGAACCUCCUGCAGUCGCUGCAGUCUUCGGGCAUUGGCUCCAAAUCAGGUGUUCCCAGGGAGCAGCGGGUGGAGGUGCAGUGUCUGCUGCUGCUGGAGGUGCUGGGCGGCUCCCACAGGCACGCCGUGGACGGCGCCGUGAAGAAGCUCACCAAGCUGUGGAAAGAGAACGCCGGCCUGGUGGAGCAGUACGUGGUGGCCAUCCUUAGCUUGGAGCCCAGCCAGAGCUAUGCGGGCAUGCUGGGGCUGCUGGUGCGUUUCUGCACGAACCACAAGGAGAUGGACGUGGUCAGCCGACAUAAGAGUGCCCUGCUGGAGUUUUACACGAAGAACGUUCUGAUGAGCAAAGUCAAGCCUCACAAGUACCUGCUGGAUAGCUGUGCCCCUCUGCUCCGGUACCUGUCCCACUCGGAGUUUAAGGACCUGAUUCUGCCCACCAUACAGAAGUCUUUGCUGCGGAGUCCAGAGAAUGUUGUGGAAACUAUCUCUUGUCUGCUGGCCUCAGUGACCUUGGAUCUCAGCCAGUAUGCCCUGGACAUCGUGAAAGGACUGGCCAGUCAGCUGAAAUCCAACAGCCCCCGGCUGAUGGACGAGGCCGUGCUGGCGCUGCGGAACUUGGCCCGCCAGUGCAGUGACUCUUCAGCGAUGGAAACCCUGAGCAAGCACCUGUUCGCCAUCCUCGGAGGCUCAGAAGGAAAACUGACCGUUGUGACCCAGAAGAUCAGCGUCCUCUCAGGGAUCGGGAGUAUCAGCCACCACGUGGUGUCCGGGCCUUCCAGUCAAGUCCUGAAUGGGACUGUGGCCGAACUGUUCAUCCCAUUCCUCCAGCAAGAAGUUCACGAAGGCACCUUAGUCCAUGCCGUCUCCAUCCUGGCUCUCUGGUGUAACCGGUUCACCACGGAAGUACCCAAGAAGCUCAUGGAGUGGUUCAAGAAAGCUUUCAGCCUUAAAACCUCCACCUCAGCAGUGAGGCACGCCUACUUGCAGUGCAUGCUGGCCUCCUUCCGAGGUGACACGCUGUUCCAGGCCCUGGACUUCCUGCCCUUGCUCAUCCAGACUGUGGAGAAGGCAGCCUCCCAAAGCACGCAGGUGCCCAUGGUCACGGAGGGGGCUGCCGCGGCGCUGCUGCUCACCAAGCUGUCAGUGGCUGAUGCGCAGGCUGAGGCCAAGCUGAGCAGCUUUUGGCAGCUGAUUGUGGAUGAGAAAAAGCAGAUUUUCACGUCCGAGAAGUUCCUGCUGCUGGCUUCCGAGGACGCCCUGUGCACCGUGCUGCAUCUGACGGAGAGGCUGUUCCUGGACCACCCGCCGAGGCUCACAGGAAGCAGAGUUGUGCAGCAAUACCAUCGGGCUCUGGUGGCCGUACUCCUGAGCCGGACCUGGCACGUCCGCAGGCAGGCCCAGCAGACGGUUCGCAAGCUGCUCUCCUCCGUCGGGGGCUUUAAGCUGGCGUGUGGGCUCCUGGAGGAGCUGAAGACUGUCCUCAGUUCUCACAAGGUGCUGCCCUCCGAGACUCUGGUGACUGAUACUGGGGAGGGGACCGAGGUGGGCAAGGCUGCCGUGCCCCCCCGGGUCCUGCAGGAGGCACUGUGCAUCAUUUCCGGGGUGCCAGGGCUGGCGGGGGACGCUGCUAGCCUGGAGCAGCUGGCCCAGGAGAUGCUGAUUGUCUCCCACCACCCCUCCUUAGUGGCCGUGCAGUCUGGGCUCUGGCCGGCGCUUCUCACCAGGAUGAAGAUCGACCCUGAAGCCUUCAUCAGCAGGCACCUGGAUCACAUCAUCCCCCGGAUCACCACCCAGAGCCCGCUGAGCCAGUCCUCCAUGAACGCCAUGGGCUCCCUCUCCCUCCUGUCCCCGGACCGGGUCCUCCCGCAGAUCAUCAGCACCAUCACGACCUCUGUGCAGAACCCUGCUCUGUGCCAGGUCACACGGGAGGAGGUUGCCAUCAUGCAGACCCCCGCCGGGGAGCUGUAUGACAAGACCAUCAUCCAGAGCGCCCAACAGGACAGCAUCAAAAAGGCCAACAUGAAGCGGGAGAACAAGGCCUACUCCUUCAAGGAGCAGAUCAUUGAGCUGGAGCUGAAGGAGGAAAUAAAGAAGAAGAAAGGCAUCAAAGAGGAGGUGCCGCUGACCAGCAAGCAGAAGGAGAUGCUGCAGGCCCAGCUGGACAGGGAGGCCCAGAUCCGAAGGCGGCUGCAGGAGCUGGACAGUGGGCUGGAGGCAGCCCUCGGACUGCUGGACACCGUGCUGGCCAAGAACCCGGUGGGCCUGACGCAGUAUGUCCCGGUGCUGGUCGACGCCUUCCUGCCCCUGCUGAAGUCUCCCCUGGCUGCCCCCAGGAUCAAGAACCCUUUCCUGUCCUUGGCUGCUUGUGUCCUGCCCCCUCGACUCAAGGCUGUGGGCACUCUGGUGAGCCACGUGACCCUGCGUCUGUUGAAGCCGGAGUGUGCCCUGGACACGUCGUGGUGCCAGGAGGAGCUGCCGGUGGCUGUGAAGAGGGCUGUGAGCCUGCUACAUUCCCACACCAUCGCCAGGCUGGGCAAGAGCGAGCUGGAUGCCGCGCCGCUGUCUGCACCCGCGUUCUCCUUAGUCUUCCCAUUUCUGAAGAUGGUGCUGACCGAGAUGCCCUACCACAGUGAGGAGGAGGAGGAGCAGAUGGCCCAGGUCCUGCAGAUCCUCACCGUCCACUCCCAGCUGAGGGCCUCGCCCAGCACCCCACCCGGGCGAGUGGAUGAGAACGGGCCGGAGCUGCUCCCUCGUGUGGCCAUGUUGCGCCUGCUGACGUGGGUGAUCGGGACGGGAUCUCCUCGCUUACAGGUUCUGGCUUCAGACACGCUGACCACGCUGUGUGCCAGCAGCAGUGGCAAGGCAGGCUGUGCCUUCGCUGAACAGGAGGAGGUGGGCGUGCUGCUCAGUGCCUUGCAGUCCCCGUGUGCCAGCGUGCGGGACACUGCGCUCCGGGGGCUAAUGGAGCUCCACAUGGUGCUGCCCGUGCCCGACACCGACGAGAAGAACGGCCUGGACCUACUGCGGCGGCUCUGGGUGGUCAAGUUCGACAAGGAGGAGGAGAUCCAGAAGCUGGCUGGGAGGCUCUGGUCGUUGAUGGCCCUGGACUUGCAGCCUGACCUCUGCUCCUUGCUGAUUGAUGACGUGAUUUACCAUGAGGCGGCCGUGCGGCAGGCUGGGGCCGAGGCCCUGGCGCAGGCGGUGGCGCGCUACCAGUGGCGGGCGGCGGAAGUCCUGGGCAAGCUGAUGGAGCUGUACCAGGAGAAGCUCUAUCGGCCCCCCCCAGUUUUGGAUGCCUUGGGACGUGUUAUUUCAGAAUCACCUCCAGAUCAGUGGGAAGCCAGGUGUGGCCUGGCGUUGGCCCUGAACAAGCUCUCCCAGGGUCUGGACAAUUCUCAGGUGAAGCCCCUCUUCCAGUUCUUCGUCCCCGAUGCCCUCAAUGACCGCAACCCCGAUGUCCGAAAGUGCAUGUUAGACGCAGCCCUGGAGACGCUCAACACGCACGGGAAGGAGAACGUCAACUCGCUGCUGCCGGUCUUCGAGGGGUUCCUGAAGGACGCGCCCACUGAUGCCAGCUACGACGCCGUGCGGCAGAGCGUGGUGGUCCUCAUGGGCUCCCUGGCCAAGCACCUGGACAAGAACGACCCCAAAGUGAAGCCCAUUGUGGCCAAGCUCAUCGCUGCCCUCUCUACCCCAUCCCAGCAGGUCCAGGAGUCGGUGGCCAGCUGCCUGCCGCCGCUCGUCCCGGCCAUCAAGGAGGACGCCGGGGGGAUGACCCAGAGGCUGAUGCAGCAGCUGCUGGAGUCGGACAAGUAUGCCGAGCGCAGGGGCGCCGCCUACGGGCUGGCCGGCCUGGUGAAGGGCCUGGGCAUCCUCUCCCUCAAGCAGCAGGAGAUGAUGGCCACGCUGACCGAUGCCAUCCAGGACAAGAAGAACUUCCGCCGGCGAGAAGGGGCCCUGUUCGCCUUUGAGAUGCUGUGCACCAUGCUGGGGAAGCUCUUUGAGCCCUACGUGGUCCAUGUGCUGCCCCACCUGCUGCUCUGCUUUGGCGACGGGAACCAGUACGUGCGUGAGGCUGCAGAUGACUGUGCCAAGGCUGUGAUGAGCAACCUGAGUGCUCACGGGGUGAAGCUGGUGCUCCCCUCCCUGCUGGCCGCCCUGGAGGAGGAGUCCUGGAGGACUAAAGCCGGGUCCGUGGAGCUGCUUGGGGCCAUGGCCUACUGUGCGCCCAAGCAGCUGUCCUCCUGCCUGCCCAGCAUCGUGCCCAAGCUCACAGAGGUGCUGACGGACUCCCACGUCAAAGUGCAGAAGGCCGGCCAGCAGGCGCUGCGGCAGAUCGGCUCCGUCAUCAGGAACCCAGAGAUCCUGGCCAUUGCCCCGGUCCUGCUGGACGCCCUGACAGACCCAUCCAGAAAGACCCAGAAAUGCUUGCAGACCCUACUGGACACCAAGUUCGUCCACUUCAUCGACGCCCCAUCCCUGGCCCUCAUCAUGCCCAUCGUCCAGAGAGCCUUCCAGGACCGCUCUACGGACACGCGCAAGAUGGCAGCGCAGAUCAUUGGCAACAUGUACUCCUUGACAGACCAGAAGGACUUGGCUCCUUACCUGCCCAGCGUGACCCCGGGCCUGAAAACCUCCCUUUUGGACCCUGUGCCUGAGGUGCGGACAGUGUCUGCUAAGGCCCUGGGGGCCAUGGUGAAGGGCAUGGGGGAGUCCUGCUUUGAGGACUUGCUGCCGUGGCUCAUGGAGACGCUGACCUACGAGCAGAGUUCCGUGGACCGCUCUGGCGCGGCGCAAGGAUUGGCUGAGGUCAUGGCUGGCCUGGGGGUCGAGAAGUUGGAGAAGCUGAUGCCGGAAAUUGUGGCUACGGCCAGCAAAGUAGACAUUGCCCCUCACGUCCGAGAUGGCUACAUCAUGAUGUUCAACUACCUGCCCAUCACCUUUGGGGACAAAUUUACCCCCUACGUUGGACCCAUUAUCCCCUGCAUCCUCAAAGCUCUUGCUGAUGAGAAUGAGUUUGUGCGGGACACAGCGCUGCGAGCGGGGCAGCGGGUCAUCUCCAAGUACGCAGAGACAGCUAUCGCCCUACUGCUGCCCCAGCUGGAGCAGGGCCUGUUCGACGACCUCUGGAGAAUCAGGUUCAGCUCCGUCCAGCUCCUUGGGGACCUCUUGUUCCACAUCUCGGGAGUUACGGGGAAAAUGACCACUGAGACGGCUUCCGAAGAUGACAACUUUGGAACUGCCCAGUCCAACAAGGCGAUCAUCACAGCCCUGGGCGUGGAGCGGCGGAACCGCGUGUUGGCGGGUCUCUACAUGGGCCGCUCGGACACGCAGCUGGUCGUACGACAGGCGUCCCUGCACGUCUGGAAGAUCGUGGUCUCCAACACGCCCCGCACCUUGCGCGAGAUCCUGCCCACUCUCUUUGGGCUCUUGCUGGGCUUCCUGGCCAGUACCUGUGCAGACAAGAGAACGAUCGCCGCGAGGACGCUGGGAGACCUGGUCCGGAAGCUGGGGGAGAAGAUCCUCCCUGAGAUCAUCCCCAUCCUGGAGGAAGGCCUGCGCUCGCCCAAGAGCGACGAGCGGCAGGGCGUGUGCAUUGGCUUGAGCGAGAUCAUGAAGUCCACCAGCCGUGACGCUGUACUGUAUUUCUCCGAGUCCCUGGUGCCCACGGCCAGGAAGGCGCUGUGUGACCCCCUGGAGGAGGUCCGGGAGGCGGCGGCCAAGACGUUCGAGCAACUGCACUCCACCAUCGGCCACCAGGCGCUGGAGGACAUCCUCCCAUUCCUGCUGAAGCAGCUCGAGGACGAGAAGGUGUCCGAGUUUGCCUUGGAUGGGCUGAAGCAGGUUAUGGCCAUCAAGAGUCGUGUGGUGCUGCCCUACCUUGUGCCCAAGCUGACAACGCCCCCUGUCAAUACCCGGGUGCUGGCCUUCCUCACCUCCGUGGCCGGUGAGUCCCUGGCCCGCCAUCUCAGCGUGAUCCUCCCCGCGGUCAUGCUGGCCCUGAAGGAGAAGCUUGGCACUGCAGGCGAGCAGCUGGAGAUGGCCAACUGCCAGGCUGUGAUCCUGUCCGUGGAGGACGAAGCUGGGCAGCGGGUGGUCAUCGAGGACCUGCUGGAAGCCACCCGCAACCCCGAGGUGGGCGUGCGGCAGGCUGCCACUGUCAUGCUCAACAUCUACUGUUCCCGCACGCGGGCUGACUACUCCAACCACCUGCGGAGCCUGGUCUCUGGCCUGAUCCGCCUCUUCAACGACUCCGACCCCAGGGUCCUGGAGGAGAGCUGGGAUGCCCUGAGUGCCAUCACCAAGAAGCUGGAUGCCCCCAGCCAGCUGGCACUCAUUGACGAGCUGCACAGAGAAAUCCGGCUCGCGGGCAAUGAGAGCCGAGGCGAGCACGUGCCAGGCUUCUGCCUCCCUCGGAAGGUGGGGAUGGCCCUGAAGCCCUUCCUGCCCCAGCUGCAGACCACGUUCACCAAGGCCCUGCAGGACACCAAUCGGGGUGUGCGCCUGAAGGCCGCCGAGGCCCUGGGGAAGCUCAUCUCCAUCCACGUCAAGGUGGACCCGCUCUUCUCCGAGCUGCUCGGUGGGAUCCGAGUCGCGGAGGAUUCAGGCAUCAGGGACACCAUGCUGCAGGCCCUGCGGUUUGUGAUUCAGGGAGCUGGCUCCAAAGUGGACGCGGCCAUCCGGAAGAACGUCGUCUCUCUCCUGCUGAGCAUGCUGGGACACGAUGAGGACAACACUCGGAUAUCCUCGGCCGGAUGCCUCGGGGAGCUGUGUGCCUUUCUGACGGAGGAGGAGCUUAGCAGUGUUCUCCAGCAGUACCUGCUCGCGGACGUGUCUGGCAUCGACUGGAUGGUCCGGCACGGGCGGAGCCUAGCGCUCUCCGUGGCAGUGCGUGUGGCUCCCGGCAGGCUUUGUGCCGGCAAGUACGGCAGCGAUGUCCAGGAUAUGAUCCUCAGCAGUGCCGUGGCCGACAGGAUCCCCAUUGCGGUCAGCGGGGUCCGGGGCAUGGGUUUUCUGAUGAGAUAUCACAUCGAGACUGGAGGGGGCCAGCUGCCAGCUAAACUCUCCACUCUGCUCAUUAAGUGUCUGCAGAACCCGUCCAGUGACAUCAGGCUGGUGGCGGAGAAGAUGAUCUGGUGGGCAAAUAAGGACCCGCUGCCCCCCCUGGAGCCCCAGGCCAUCAAGCCCAUUCUGAAGGCGCUCCUGGACAACACCAAGGACAAAAACACCAGCGUCAGAGCCUACAGCGACCAGGCGAUUGUCAACCUCCUCAAGAUGAGGCAGGGCGAGGAGGUGUUCCAGUCUCUCUCCAAGAUCCUGGACGUGGCCAGUUUGGAGGUGCUUAGUGAGUGCCACCGCAGGUCCCUGAGGAAGCUGGCCAGCCAGGCUGACUCCACCGAGCAGGUGGACGACACCAUCCUGACCUGAUGGCCAGCCCCGCCUGCCCACCCACCCACUGAGCUCCACGCCAGCAUCGGCUCCACAUCUCCGCUCGAUGUUUUCAUUUUUGAAAAUGCGUUUGUUCUGAUGGGGAGCUUAGGAGGCGGCGUUCACAGAACGCGUUUUACUGUAUCAGCAGACCACAGCCAAAGCCUUAAACCCAACCCCGACACAACCGCAGGUCGCCACCUCCGCCCUGCACCCUUUCUGUGGCGGAGGGAAGAAAAAGCACACAGGGAUGCCCACCACCGUGCAGCCGUGGCCUGGGCACCCCGCUUCGCGUGGCCAGCCCUGAGCGAGGAGGGCCAGACCUCUGGUUCCUCAGCUCCUGUGUGUGACCUUUUGCCCAGGUCCUGAGCAAGCCCAGAACCACCGUAGGCCGUCCCGCAGGGUGGUCUCAGCUUGGCUUUUCCCGAGUGUGCAGCCUGAUAGGAUCAGCUCGUCAGAUGAGAGCAAAGCCCACGGCAGCCCUGGCCGUCCCCACUGCUGGGGAGGGCACAGGUGUGGAUACGGGCUGCUGGAGGGAGCAGAGUUUAAUAAAGGCUUUGAUUGAA